CUCAGGUCAUGAUCUCGCGGUCCGUGAGUUCGAGCCCCGCGUCAGGCUCUGGGCUGAUGGCUCAGAGCCUGGAGCCUGCUUCCGAUUCUGUGUCUCCCUCUCUCUCUGGCCCUCCCCCGUUCAUGCUCUGUCUCUCUCUGUCUCAAAAAUAAAUAAACGUUAAAAAAAAUAAAUAAAUAAAUUGCUCUGGGCCUUGGUGUCUGCACGUAGGUGAGUCCUCAGGCCCUUCUGGCUCCAGCAUCUUUGCCCCUGCUCACGUGGCUUGGUGAGCUGGCUGGGGACGGGACCUCCAUCCGGUGGCCAGCUGAACAGGGGUAGGAAAAGAGUUUCUCCCCCACCAUUUUCUGGCCUCUCAAACACAGAGGCAAGAGGCGCCUUUCCAGGCUGCAGCGUCAGCAGGGACAAAUUCAUUGUUCUCGUGACUUUGAGCCCUGGAUGGGACUGAAGCCAGAAGGAAUAUAUACGAAGUACAGAAUAGGACCAGAGGCCAGAGGUCUGGGAUCAAAUCCUGGUCCUAACCCCUGCUGGCAGUGCGGCCUGGGCUGGUUCCUGAACCUCUCUGUGCCUUAGCUUCCUCCUCUGUAAAAGGAGGGUAAUAAUAAUAGCUCCUGCUAGGACUGUUAAUGGAGAUUUAAUAAGGAAACGCGUGUGUUCUCAGAACAUGCCUGGCAUAUAGUUGGGGCUCAAUUAGUAUUUGCUAGUUUCUAUUAAAGAGCGUCUUCUCUUUCUCCUGCUGUUCUAAGGCUAUUCUAUCACAGUUACUAGUAACAAAGAAUUAGCACACGGAGACCUUUCUUGGAAAUGCCAGCCACAGAGAAAAGCCGGAGCCGGUGACCCUGUUUACCAGGUUGCCGUGUGGUCAGGAAAUGGGCGCUUGUGGACCAACAGACUGGUAGACGAUAUCCACCCAGCACGGUUUUCACGGAGAAGCUCCCGUGGGCUUUUGUCUCCUGCUUUGGAAGUUCUUUUUGAGUCGCCCUCGGGGACGUGCCGAGUAACAUCCUUACCGACGUCCUCCCCUUGGUGGUGCCGGGAAGAGGACGCAGAUAUUUGGACACCUGUUGUUUGCCAGUGUCUCUCCAGGCACCUCGGUCAUGGCUUCUGGCUUCUCGGACCUGAGGCUCCAGCGGAGGACAUGACUCUCAGGGAUCCUACUCCAGAUCUGUUGCGGAGACUGAACCUUCGCAGGGCACGAACUCGCCCAGGACAGGAGAAUCUCUCUCUCUGAAGGGCUCUACGAGUGUCGCCAAGAAAAGUAACAAUGGCGACUUCGUCUAUCAGACGGCAAAUGAAAAACAUCGUGAACAAUUACUCGGAAGCGGAAAUAAAGGUCCGGGAAGCCACCUCCAAUGACCCGUGGGGCCCGUCCAGCUCCCUGAUGACGGAGAUCGCGGACCUGACCUACAACGUGGUGGCCUUCUCCGAGAUCAUGAGCAUGGUGUGGAAGCGGCUCAACGACCACGGCAAGAACUGGCGGCACGUGUACAAGGCGCUGACGCUGCUGGACUACCUCAUCAAGACGGGCUCCGAGCGGGUGGCCCAGCAGUGCCGCGAGAACAUCUUCGCCAUCCAGACCCUGAAGGACUUCCAGUACGUGGACCGCGAUGGCAAGGACCAGGGCAUCAACGUGCGCGAGAAGUCGAAGCAGCUGGUGGCCCUGCUCAAGGACGAGGAGCGGCUGAAGGCCGAGAGGGCCCAGGCUCUCAAAACCAAAGAGCGCAUGGCCCAGGUCGCCACCGGCAUGGGGAGCAACCAGAUCACCUUCGGCCGCGGCUCCAGCCAGCCCAACCUCUCCACCAGCUACUCGGAGCAGGAGUACGGCAAGGCCGGGGGCUCGCCCGCCUCCUACCAUGGCUCGCCCGAGGCCUCGCUGUGCCCCCAGCACCGCGCAGGGGCCCCGCUGGGUCAGAGCGAGGAGCUGCAGCCGCUGAGCCAGCGCCACCCCUUCCUGCCGCACCUGGGGCUGGCCUCCCGCCCAAAUGGCGACUGGUCCCAGCCCUGCCUCACUUGUGACCGCGCAGCCCGAGCCACCUCCCCGAGGGUGUCCUCUGAGCUGGAGCAGGCCCGGCCCCAGACAAGCGGAGAAGAAGAGUUGCAGCUACAGCUGGCACUUGCCAUGAGCAGAGAGGUAGCAGAGCAGGAAGAGCGCCUCCGGCGGGGUGAUGACCUCAGAUUACAGAUGGCCCUAGAAGAGAGCCGAAGAGACACAGUUAAAGUUCCCAAAAAGAAAGAGCAUGGCUCCCACCCACAGCAGACCACUCUGUUGGAUUUAAUGGACGCCCUCCCCAGCUCGGGCCCUGCUGCCCAGAAAGCAGAGCCUUGGGGCCGGUCAGCCUCAGCCAACCAGACGAACCCCUGGGGCGGGCCGGCAGCCCCAGCCAGCUCUUCAGACCCCUGGCCAUCGUUCGGUGCCAAGCCAGCUGCCCCCGUCGACCCGUGGGGAGUGCCCACCGGAGCCAGCAUACCCUCCGUCUCCAAGGGCUCGGACCCCUGGGCAGCCCCACAGCAGCAGGCCCCCAGUGCUGGGAAAACAGCCGACGCCUGGGCCGCAGCCUCGGCCGCCAAGCCUGUUUCGGCCACUGGGGCCUUUGAUCUCUUCAGUAAUUUGAAUGGUACAAUUAAAGAUGACUUUUCUGAAUUUGACAACCUCCGAACUUCAAAAAGAACAGCUGAGGCGGUGGCCUCUCCACCGUCCCAAAACAACGGAACUACAAGCCCCGACCCCUUUGAGUCUCAGCCCCUGACCGCCACCUCGAGCAAGCCCAGCAGCUCCCGGAAAACCCCCGAGUCCUUCCUGGGCCCCAACGCGGCCCUGGUGAACCUGGACUCGCUGGUGACCAGGCCAGCCCCGCCGGCCCAGUCCCUCAACCCGUUCCUGGCACCAGGUGCAGCCGCAGCCUCGGCCCCUGUCAACCCCUUCCAGGUGAACCAGCCCCAGCCGCUGACGCUGAACCAGCUGCGGGGGAGCCCAGUCCUGGGGACCAGCACGUCCUUUGGGCCGAGCCCGGGGGUGGAGCCCGUGGCUGUGGCCUCCAUGACCUCCACAGCCCCGCACCCAGCUCUGGGGGGCAGCGGUUCCUCCCUGACGCCACUGGGCCCCGCCACGAUGAACAUGGGGGGCAGUGUGGGCAUCCCCCCGUCGGCAGCUCAGGCCGCCGGCACAACCAACCCUUUCCUCCUCUAGUGCCCGGGCCUGGGACCCACCACAGAGGGAAUGCCCAGAGCAUCUGUGCCUGAGGACGCCCAGCAGGGACUCGAUUGCAGAAGGGGGGGUGG